CAAAGAAUCCAUCCAUCCAACACACACAUGCACGCAGGCACCGAGGCACAUACACAUGUUCACAGACACAGCGCAGUUGUGGGAAAUGUGCAAAUUGUAUUAAAAAUUCGCCUGAAAGUAAAUAAGUUGAGCACAAAAUAAGUGAAAUAAUCAGAGGCUGAAAAGGCCAAAAGCCAGCCGAAAUACUAAAAAACGUGUGCAAUUUUGCAGUGCUUUUGGCUGUGUGUAUAUCGUUGUGUUCGUGUAGUGUGAAAAACGAAAAGCCGGCUCAGCAGGAGGCGAAAAACAUUUUCCAAACGCAUCAGAUGUAAAUGAGAUGCCGUCGCGCCGGCAGCAGAGGCAGCAGCAAGCAAAACCACGCCGACAUCGCCUCCGGAAAUAUCAGGAGCCCCAGCAGCAUCUGAUUAUCAAGUGAAAAGUGGAGCGGGAAUUCAAUACGUUCGAUACAAUUGAUAAGUUGAUAAGACAACAAGGGAGAAAAGCAAACUAAUUUAAGGGAACAGAAAGGGAUAUCUAAUAGUUUCGGAGGGGAACACUCGCCGCGCAUCCAAGAUGAAGCGACGCAACGCGGAUUGUGGCAAACUUCGGCGGCCGAUUAAGCGCAACAAAAUCACAGAGGGAAUGUACGGCAGCACAACAGUUCUGUACAUGAAGUUUCUGAUCCUUUGGGCCAUUGUUAUGGUUGCUGACUUUAUGUUUAUGUUCCGCUUUGAGUUCUUGUGGCCAUUCUGGCUGCUCCUCCGCUCCGUGCACGAUUCCUUUAAAUACAAGGGAUUGGCAUUCUCCGUGCUGUUCGUGUGCAUAGCGAUAACGUCGGAUCUGGUCUGUUUGUUCUUCAUACCCGUUAACUGGCUGCUCUUCGCUGCCAGCACAUAUGUCUGGGUGCAGUACGUCUGGCACACAGAUAAGGGGAUCUGUUUGCCGACCAUAAUACUCUGGAUGUUAUUUGUCUACCUGGAGGUGGGCAUACGAUGGAAGGACAGUCGCCACAUGCCGCACUUGGAUCUCUGCCGGCCGUUCGCAGCGCACUGCAUUGGCUAUCCGGUUGUCACGCUCGGAUUUGGCUUUAAAAGCUACGUGGGCUACCGCAUGCGCCAGCGCAAGCAGCGCGAGGUGGCCAAGGACAACGAGUUCUACAUGCAGCUCCUGCAGCAGGCUCUUCCCGCGGAAGAGGCGGCCGAGGAGGCGGCUGCGGGGGCGACAGCCCAAUCCAGCACCGUCGUGGUGGCCAACGGGUCUGCCACAACGUCGGCUCUGGUCUCAUCAUCCGGAGCACUGGCGGCGAACGGCAUAUUGGCCACUGCCACGCAAGCACAAAACCAUCAUGAGCAUCAUCACAGCGGCGGCGCCGGCGCCAGCAGCAGCAGCUCGAGCAAUAGUAAUCAUCACCAUCACCACCAUCAUAGUAACAGCAGUGACAGCAAGGACAACAGCGCAGGCGACAGCAUAACGGCGGCCGCAUCGUCGUCAUCAGCAGCGUCUUCUGCAACGGGAGCCGCGGCAGCUGCUGCGUCAGCGUCCACCUCAUCUGGCUCCUCGUCGUCGACGGCGGCGGGCAAGCAGGCGUCGGCGUCUGCCGCAUCCACGGCCACAACAGGUGCAGCAACUACUUCUUCCACUCCCGUCUCAGCUCUUUCUGCUUUGGCUCCAAGUUUGGCGACGCAGCAGCACCAACAUCAGUCGGGGACCGCAGCAUCCCCGGCUACUUCUUCUGCCCGUUCUUCCUCCUCUACUUCCGACGGUGCCGAUGCUGACGGUUGUUGUGGUGCAACCUCCAAUGGUCACGCUGGUGGUUCAAGGAACCAUCGACGCAGCAUGGACAAGGAUAAGCAUCGCAACAAGGGUGACGCUGUUGAUAACGAGCACAACAAUGGAACGCGACACGGGGGUAAAAAUAGCAGCAACAACUAUCACCAGGUCGAUAGCGGCGCUGCCACAGCAACCACAACAGUAACAGCUACAUCAAGUAAUAGUAAGGAUAAGGAUAAGGAGAAGUCAGACUGGGAUAGUAGCACCAACUAUCCACAACAACAGCAGCAGGGGGGAAAGGAAAAGCACGACAAAAAGUCUAGCAACGCUGUUCCCAAUGGAAAUGCUAAUCACAUUGAAGUCGAGGAAACUGCCAGUGUGGAGCCAGCCCCACCUGCUGAAAAGGCGCCCAAGGGUCGACGAAAUCGAGGCAAAAAAGAUAAUGCAGCAAAGGACAAUCACAGCCAUCAGCAGCAGCUGGCUCAGCAACAAAAGGAUAAGGACAAGGAGAACACAGCCAACAACAAUAACGACGCUAGCUCGGUAUCAUCUUCGGCGAGCUCCACAUCGAGCAAUGCCAUCGCGCACUUGGCCAGCAAGGUGGUCUCCAAGAUCUGUGAAACAUGCCUCAAAUUAGAGGCUGAUGUGAAAAAAUACCGCGCUGAAAUAAGCCACAUGAAGCAAAUCGAAAACGAAUUGCGCCAGAAGCUGGAUGUUAAUCUCACCAGCAAAUCAGCGCUGCAGGCAAAGCAGAAGGAGUGUGACGAGCUGGAGAAGCGUAUCCAAGAGCUGAACAACGCCCGACACGCCGAUAUGCUCAACUUGCAGACAGUGGAGCGGCGACUCAACGAGGAGCGCCGCCAGAAGCAAUCCCUGGACUCUCAGCUGUCCAACGAAAAGAAGGCUCGCAAGGUGGCCGAAGAGAAGGCAGCUCGGCCCGAGUGCAGCUCACAGUGCAAGCAGCGGCGCCAGCAGAUGGAUGAUGAGCAAAAGCGACUGCGUGGUGACCUCAAGCAGACAGAGGAAGGGAAGCAACUUGCCGUUGAGCAUGGACGAAAAUUGGAACAAGAGUACCGCAUGCUGGAGGCCAAACUACGGAAUCGCGAGUCGUCGCAGCCUGACCCUGAAAUGCUAUUGAACGCCCUUGCUGCCAUGCAGGACAAGAACGCAACGCUGGAGAAGAAUCUAUCCGCAGAGACGAGAGUCAAGCUGGACUUGUUCUCGGCUCUGGGCGCUGCCAAGCGUCAGAUUGAAAUAUCUGAUAACCAUCGUCGCUCCAAGGAGGAUGAGGUCAUUGAUCUCAAGGCAAAGAUUGCCCAACUUCUGGCAGUGAUGCCAGACAACUUGUGCAUGAACACAGGCCCACAUGGACCGGCAAGCAGCAUUCUGCGCAUGAACGACACGCCGCCGCUGCAGUCGGGUCCUGGACCGUCCUCGCCCAUGCUCAGCCUUAGUGCUGCGCAGGAGUACCAGCAGCAUCAGCAGCACCAACAGCAUCAACAACAUCAGCAGCAUCAGCAACACCAGCAACACCAGCAGCAUCAGCAGCAGCACCAACAACAGCAUCAGCAACAUCAGCAACACCAGCAACAUCAGCAACAUCAGCAGCAUCAGCAACAUCAACAGCAUCAACAGCAUCAGCAACACCAGCAGCAUCAGCAGCAGGGUGGAGGUGGUCCCGUCUCUCAGCAGCAAAUGGUACCAGUCAGCGUGGCUGCUGCCUUUCAGGUUGCUGCAGCCAAUGCUGCUGCCGCCAACGGAAAUGGGGGCUCAACGCUGGAUCCCAAUGCUAGCGUGUACACGCCCAAAACAGGCAACAUGAUGGUGGUGUCGCCGGUGGGCAUGAACCCCAAUGGGGGGGAUGCCUGACGCCAUCAGCAGCAGCAGCAGUCCUUGACGUCGUCGUCGUCAUCGUCCUCGCACCAGCAUCUACGACGACAAGUUUGAGAUUAUUAUACUUUAUAUGAAUUAGGGAAAGCAAACGCAAACAACCGUCGCCACAGCAAACGAUGAGCAGCCCGAUAACCGGUGCCGGAUCCAAGAAGUUUGCAUACAAUAUCUGAAUGUCCGUAAUAUGAAUAAGCAGUUUCCUUUAAAAUUUAAAAACCGCCACAGAAGCGCAGGCAGCACUGAUGAAUGCAGCUCAAUAUUGCUGAAAAUUUCCUGUUUCACGUUUUCAAAAUCUCUUACCAAAUCAGUUUCCUCAUUGAAUUCGGCAUUCCAAUUGAAAUUAUUUUUGAAGGCCUUUAUGACUCACACCAAUUGAAAAUUUUCAACUCAUUCAACCCACUGUUUUAAAUCGGCUGCCCCGCCAACACAACCUACACACACAUUCAGUAUCUCCCUCUAACACGAAAAGUAAAUGAUUACUUUAACAAGAUGAUUUGAAAACUCGAAUCACAUUUGAAAACAAUAAGAACAGAACACAAAUUUCUAAAAAUAAUAACAAAAUGAAAAUGGCGAUUCGUAUUUUUAAUUGAUGAAGAAUGCUAAGGAACUUUUUGUAAUCCUUUGUACAAUGUUUUUUAUUUUUACCAAACGCUGUGAGAGAGUUGGACCAACCUUAGUGAUGGCCUUUGAUCUUGGGGAGAUGGCAUUUGCAAACGUGCCCUGCUUGACCUCUGCCCCUUGGUUCAAUGGAAUAUUUUUGAAGUCUGCGCCCUUGAUUUAUUAUCUCAUUAAAUUAUUUUUGUUAUAAAACCUUAAAUGUAUGCUAUAAUUUAGAACUUAUCAUUUUUGAAACACAAACAUCAAACGAAAAUCGAUUUUCUUUUAAGUUUUAAUUUAUUUUUGUUUAGUUCUGCUGUUCCUAAGAAAGAAAAAAUCGAAAACAAAAGAAAUACUUUGGUUUAUUUACGAGAAGUAAAACGUCGACUAUUUUGUUUAAUAAUAAAAUAACCUUUCGCUGCAAGAAGCAAGUACA